AUGCUGGCUCCAUUCUCUGAUCUGAUCUCUCUCCAGUCGAGCACUGUUCCCGCCAUCGCGUCCGCUCCGCCGUUCCGCUCAUUAAUUGCUGACUCGCCUACACGUGCUUAUCAGACGACUAAAGACCGGCCCAAUAUCGCGCUCCCGCUAAAACAGUGGGGCAAGGGUUGGAGUAGGCUGGAUAACCUCGAGCACGCUUCCAGGUCGUCUCCAUGGUAUCGCUACUACGGCUCCAACGCCGCUAGCAGCCCGCCCAUACGCCCCAAGACGGUCGAAGCAAAGCAAUGGGAUCUGACCACCACAGACGCUCUCGGUAGAACCAUAUCCGCCUCCUCAGCGUCUGCCUCCUCCGGCCCACGCCUCCACCCAAACAACAACAUGGAUAUAACGCGGGGCUCCAUGUCGAGCAGCUCCACCCAAAGCAUCAGAGACGACCCUGGCGUCCCCUCCACCGAACCUUUCAUAUUGCGCCACGGCCGCCGCUACAUUCGAAGCGCUCAGGGCUAUCCGCUCCCAUGCGACCUGCCCGAACUCCACCGCCAGAACCUACAAACCCUCCUUGCGACAGCUGUCUUCGGCAAAGCCUUGGGCUCGACCCCGUCAUACCCCCCGAGAAAAGUGUUGGAGAUUGCAUGUGGCUCGGGAUACUGGUCCGCCGUGUGUCAUGAAUAUCUGAGUAACCUAGGCCACGAAGAUGUCUCCUUCACCGGUCUCGAUAUCGUCAACCUCGCGGGGGACUUACAGCGCCAGGGCAUCGAUUGGAAGUUUGUGCAGCAUGAUCUGCGCAAGUUGCCCAUGCCAUUCGACGAUGAGGAAUUCGACAUCGUCGUCAUGAAGGACCUGAGUAUGGUGAUACCCUUGGGAGUACCGUCGCAGAGAAUACUCGAUGAGUGUACGCGGGUCCUGAAGUCCAAGGGCACGUUGGAGAUAUGGGAGACGGACCACAUUAUCCGAUCGAUCCAGCCACAUCCUCCUCCUCCGCCAGGCAAAGACCCUGAAGAGUACGCUGUUGCCGAGUCGACUGGCACGUUCCUGAUCUCGCAUACAACGCCCUUUACCGAUGUGCAGAACAAGUACCUCCAAGACUCCAACUCUUGGAUUCAAGAAGCGCUGGACCGGCGCAAGCUCUCGCCAACCCCUUGUUCCCGUAUAGCGCAGAUCAUCCUCCAGGAGACGGAUACCCUGUGCGACAUGAAUAGCCGCAGGGUAGCAAUCCCUCUUGGUGAACCACGGUGGGAGCGCGAGGCUGCGGGCGAGACGAUGAAGCGGCGUGGAAGCGAGGCUGGAAAGCUCAAGAAGGGAAGCGCGAUGCUGGAGAGCUCCAUUUUGACCAAGGAACAAGCGGCUCUGAGACACACCGCAUUGCUUGUCGUCAUACAACUGAUCGAGAGUCUGGAGCCUCUACUCAAAGAAGUUAGCGGAAAGAACCAGGAGGAAUGGCAGCGUUAUUGGAACUCGAUGAUCAACGAUCUGCUUGAGCAGAAAGGUGCCUCGAGUGGUGAGUGUCUGGAAGUAGGCAUCUGGUGGUGCAAGAAGGUGUAA